AUGUACAAGUCUAAGGCAAGGGAGUCAUGGCAUGAGUUAGCAAAUGCUUUUUCGAAUGAAAGAAUCUUGUUCUCAUUAAAUUCUGCUCACCAACGUUCACUAGCUCAAACACUUGUUCUUUCAGCUUCUGGCAUGAGAACUUCAGAGGCUUCCAAUCAGUAUGUAAGGGGUCUCAUGGGUCAUAUGGUGUCUUAUCUAGUGGAAAUGUCUGGCAAGAAUGAUCUCAAACAGGUUGUCCAACAGCCAGAUGUUAUCCUGUUGGUCUGUUGUUUGUUGGAGCGGCUUCGAGGUGCUGCUAGUGCAUCGGAACCUCGCACGCAGAAGGCGAUUUAUGAGAUGGGAUUUUCUGUAAUGAACGCUGUUCUGAUCUUUCUUGAGCUCUACAAACACGAGGUAUUAAUUGCAUGA